ACAUUGAGAAAACCCAGACACUUUCUGGUAAAUUUGUUGAAAUCCGAGCAUAUAUUGACUUCCUCAAUGAGGAGAAGAGUAAGAUCAAGGAUCUCGACCUUCAUAUCUGCAAACAAUUCUUGAAUCAUGCUAUUACGGCUCUUGAUGUGGAACAAGAUAUUGUUUCAGCAGAAAUAAAGGACAUACUCAAUCAAACGGGAAUUACCGACGUGGACGUAUUGCCUAAAGAGAUGAUAAGAGUCUUUGAGAAUUUAAGUCUCAACCCAACUAACACUGUGCUACAAGAACCACAAAUAUCGAUGCAAAGUCAACAAGGAUUAUUAGGGCAACAAGUAUGCGGCCAACAAGGAUUGGGGCAACAGGGCUUCAUGCCACUAGGAUUAGGGCAACAAGCAUCAAUGCAACUAACGGCAAUCAAACAGCAAAGAAUGAUGCAAAGUCAACAAGGACUAGGGCUACAAGUAUGUGACCAACAAGGAUGCAUGCCACUAAGAUUUGGGCAACAAACGCCAAUGCAACAGAAAAAAAUCAUGAUGCAGAUGCAAAUGCUACACCAACAGCAACAAAGAUUACUACAAAUGCAACAAGAGAUAGGCCAACAAGGUUACAAUGCAAGAAGGAUUUAGGGAACAAGGAUUAACCUACGUUCUCGUUUGGGGUUUAUUUUAUCAACUGCUUUUUGGAGACUUCUUUAUAAUAAUACUCAUGGGAUGGUGCUCGUUUGUGAGUUUCCUUGGUUUUUAUGAGCUAAUCGGUUUUGUUAAACGUGGGAAAGCUGUUUUUGCUUUCUUCGUUGACUACUGACUAGAUGUUUUAUAUUUUAUUUUGAGUCACUUUGAUAAUAAAACAAAAGCUAUUGGUUUAACCAAGUCAACUCAAAUCACAAGGAUUACUGCAACAACUCUUAAUAGGCAACGUCCUUUAAAGUUUGUGUUUAAAAAAAGAAAAUCCAAUUGAUGUCCAAAAAAAAAAGAAAAUCCAAUUUUGUCAAGUGCCUUUUGAAGUUACCUUAUAAAUAUUUAUCGGAUGACCUUAUUGAAUCAAGGAUUUUAGAGAAUUCAAUUUCAAGGUUUGAUAGUAAAUCUAAGAAAAUCUGAGAUUUGAGUCUUAAAAUUUUUGAAGUCUUUUGAAAUUUUUUUAGAAUUUUUGAAAAACCUUUUUAUUUUUAAAUUACUGUAAUUUAAUAUUUUAUCAUUUUAUGAAAUAUAUAAAAUAUAUGAAAAAAAUAAAAUUGGGGUUUUAAAUAAUAUUUUUUUCAUUUAAAAUAGUUUGAUUUUCUUUUUAAAAAUGUGAUUCGAACUCAGUAUUUUCUGUCAGAAAAAGUUUUUUAAAAAUGUGAAGUAAACUUUUUUAUUUUUAAAUGAUAAAAAGAUUUGUAAAUGUGUUUCAGAAAGAGAUGACUAAAAUUUCAAAAUAAUUUGAAGAGAUAUAGUAAAAUACAAAGUCAAACCUGGAAACCUAUUUUCUCGUUAAAAAUCCACAAUUUGCGCAAAAAGAAAAAAACAAGGCUUCACAAUUUUCCAUGUUUUGAAAUUAUUAGAAGAACACAAACAACAUAAAACUACUCUUUAUUAAUUUUGUUAGAUUAAAAAUUAUUUCAAAAUAUAAAAUACCAAAAAAAAAAAAAUUGUUAAAGAGAUUUUUGCAUAUAGUGAGGGGGGAAUAUGGCGCAGAUGCAACGAGAACCUGUAGAGUCCGUUACCAAGGAGACGACGGAGAAGAAGAUAUUAGACGGCGGAGGAGGAGGAGGUGGCGGAGGAUCUUCUGCCUCUAAGGCGUCAUCGUUCAAAUUCAACGCUCAGGCACCGGAAUUCGUACCGCGAUCACACGCCACCGCACUAACACCGCAGGUUUCUCCGAUCUCCGGCUACUUCUAUCCUUGCUUCCACUACAACGAACUCUCCAUAGGAGGAUGCAGCGGCGGCGGAGGAGUUACCGGCGGUUCUCAGUCGUCGGACUGGAUCUUCGUCGGAGGAGGAGAUCCAGUUCAUCAUCAAAAUAUUCAUGAUCCCACGGCUGCGUUUUACGUUUCUAAUCCGGUGGUUCAGUUUCCGGCAAAUCAGAACUUGUCUUCUUCGUCAAAGAGUUUGCUCUCCGACGAUCUCCGCCUUAAGAUCGUCAAACAGGUUGAGUACCAGUUCACGGACAUGAGUCUCCUAGCCAAUGAGUCCAUCUCAAAGCACAUAAACAAAGAUCCUGAAGGUUAUGUGCCAAUAUCUUAUAUCGCUUCGACCAAGAAGAUCAAGGCUUUGACAAGUCAUCACCACUUAGUUGCAUUGGCUCUACGCUCCUCUUCUAAGCUCGUUGUGAGUGAAGACAACAAGAAAGUCAGGCGUAAAAUUCCAUUUACUGACAGAGACAGAGAAGAAUUACAGGGCCGGACUGUUGUUGUAGAAAAUUUGCCAGAUGAUCACUCUUACCAGAACCUAGAGAAGAUCUUUGGAGUUGUUGGAAACGUUAAGGCCAUUCGAAUCUGUCAUCCUCCAGAAUCCAACACCUCACGUCCAAAAGGAGAUUUCUUGAUGAGCAACAAAAUUCACGCACUUAUCGAGUAUGACCACACUGUUGUUGCGGAUAAAGCUGUGGAGAAGCUGAACGAUGAAAGAAACUGGAGGAAAGGACUUCGUGUUAGGCUGCUUCUUAGAUGCUCGCCUAAAUCAGUUCUCAAACACAGACGAAACUUUGAUGGCAUCCUCAUAGAUGAUGAAAGUCCUUAUGAAUCAGGAGAAGACUCUCCACGUCUCCACUUAACCGAGCAACAGCUUGAUAAUGACGGUGAUGACAACAAUAUUGGUGGACUAUGGGGAAAAGGGAGAGGAAAAGGACGAGGACGAUCUCCAAGAAGCUAUGCACUAGGAGGAGGAGGACAUAGCUUCGGGAUCGGGCUCGGGCUUGGACUCAGCAUCGGCUCGAUGUCACGGAGCCUUGGCCUGCAUGAAUCUUCAUCUCCCAAAACUGCUACAAAGGGACCAAGAAUGCCUGAUGGAACCAGAGGGUUCACUAUGGGACGUGGCAAAACCUUCUAUCUCACUCUCACCUAACAAUCUCUAAAUCAUUCCCUACCAACGACGACUAUUAUAGUAUUAUUCAUUAUUAUUACAGAGGCAAAAGCUAUAAAAUUAACCAAAUAAUACGUGUGGCUUUGUUAUGGGUUCACAUAAGUAAGGACAUGACUUUGGGAUAGUGUAUGAACUAUCAAGGCAUGGUGAACUUUUUGAGGGUUCUUACUUCUUUAUACAUUUUUUAAUCCUCCAGUGUUCUUUUG